UUUGUUCCAGAUGGACGUAACAAUAUCUUAACAGCAGCCAUUAGAACAUUUGAGCAUGGUGGUCGUGUUCGUGGUGUUGGAAAACACCAUAAGCAAAGCACUUACUUUUGAAGGUCAUCUUCACGUCAAGGACAACAUAUAUAUGUAAAUGAACAACUUGAACAACUUACAUCUAAAUUGAAAGCAAGACUUGGAGCUGAAUUUGAUCAAAAGUUGGUUGAAGAGCGUAAGGUGUUGCAACAAUCUUUUAUGGAGACACUUAAGUCUAUGGGUUUUUCGCAAAGCACAGAUAAUAAUAAAUGCAUUGAAAAAAUGGAAGUAGUCGAAGGAAGCGGAAAAGAAAGUUGUUCAACUGCAAAAGGAAGCACAAAAGACGUGGAAGUUGACGAUGUUCGGAGAUUGUUACUCAUGGUUGUGAAAAUUGCGGGCAGACACUUGGAAAUGGAAUUAAGUCAUUGUCGAUCUGUCGCUAAUUUGUAUAUGUCAGCUAAGUGUAUCAGAGAGUUGUUGAUGAGUUUUCAUUGGCUUGACGUGUACUCUGCAAGUUUGGUGCACGUUUAUUCAUCGUGUAUGUAUUGAUAAUUCCACAUCAGAAGUAUAUGGAAUUAUGGACCCUGCUAUGUGUAUAUAUGUUGAUACUGUGACGAAAACUCAAGCAGGUGUUAAAAAAUACAUACAAGAUAAGUCAGAGAGGGAAAAUAGAGUGUGUCACUUACUACCACUUA